AUGAAAGUUUACGAAAUACGCGAGGAGAGGGUUCGGGAAAGGCCGUCUCAACAAGAUUUGCAAAAUCGUCAGUACAGCAACGAACCACCAUCAUAUAAUAGAGAUAAUAGCAGUAAUCGCUCUUAUAAUAAUUCAAAUGACUACCGUGGCAACUCCCAGUACCGUGGCCCACCUAUGGGUGGAACGUUCCCACGUGGCGGGAAGUUCUACAACACUUAUGAUGACUACAAUAUGGGGCGUUACCCUCAAUCUGGUGGUCAGCCAUAUCGUGGAAACGGACCUUACUACCAUAAUGCUCCUUAUGGAGGAGGCGGAUACGCUCCUCGUGCACGGGGCAUGCAAAAUCGUGGCGGUGGUUACAGUGGAGGGCGAGGUAAUUACUAUGGAAGUCAAGAACUGCAGAGAAGCGACAGCUACCAUCACGAUGAGCGAGAGAAGCCAGGGCCGAUAUCACGCUCUCGUACGGAGUCCACCGCAUUUGAUCCUGAUCGACGAAGAAUGGAGUUAUCUAGGACGUCGUCUCGUUUGAGUACGAGCACUGAAGAUAUGGAAACGGCGCAUAGGGUAGCGCCAAAAAAAUUAACCAACAAAGACAUUUUUGGUGAAGCCAAACCAGUCGAUACAUCGGAGAGGCUACGAGAGAUUGAAGCGAAGCAAGAGCGUGAACGGCUGCUUGAGCAGCAAAAGUACAAGGUAACUGAAGAAGCUGAAGCGGCUCGCUUGGCUGCAGCAGCUGAACAUCCUGAAGGUGCUCCUCCACACCAUCAUCAGCAUCAGUAUGGAGGUCAUCAUGGUCAUGUGCCGCGUGAUGGUAUACAUCAUCCAGCACACCAUCAGUAUCACCAUGCGCCUUCUCGACCUCCAAUCCCUCCUCACGCCUCGAAUACUCCCGCUGUUGCAUCAGUAGAGGCUCCAGUUCCACCAGGAAGACGCGAUUCGGGCUCAGAUCGUCGUCGCGGAGGAAGAGGCGUUCGAGGCGGUCGUGGUGGUCGCGGCUUCAACCGUGGCGGCGCCGCAAGCGAUCGACGCAGUAGCUUUUCUGGUGCGGAAAAACCUGCUGCGGCGCCACCAAUUACUGGCAAGCCUGCUGAAACAGAAGGGGAGACAGUAGAACGAAAACCUUCUACGGAAAUGCGAACGGACCGUCCUGAACGAAAGGAUUACCACGGCUCGCAUGCCUCAUUGAGGAGCGGACGGGCAGGGACUCUGCGAAAAAAUCGUGGCGGAGGGGCUGGAUUUGUCAAGGAUAGAACACCAAGAGAUUCUCGGGAAAGCGAUGGACCUUGGUCCGGCGACAAAGUCGUAGAUGGAGAACUGCAUAAAGAGCAGUCUAAACCCUCCGAGGAGCCCUCAGAUCGACAAAAUAGGGUAGAAGAGAAAGGCACGGUUGCGCCUCCUAAGAAAGAAGUUGCGAAGUCCCCUCCCUCCACUGCUGCACCAGCUGCAGCAACUUCGUCAUCAACUUCAGUACAAGAUAAAAAGAAGGAAAAGAAGAAAACGAACAAGGUACUGUCUCAUUUCUGUAAUCAUCACGAAGUUGUUGCUAAGCAAUGCUCUUGA